GUAUGUCAAACGUGUCCUCCUCAUUGGUGGGAAUGUUUGUCUUUGUUCUCAGUCUGUUGGUUCAGAGUAUUCUAUAGUCUGUCUGUAAAUAGCUGUGGCCUUGGAGACACACACACAGCGCUCAUUCCUCUCUUGGCCAUUUCCUCGAACCUUUGCUCUCCUGCUCAGUCUAACCAGCGACACAAUUCUCGUAAAGCGAGAGAGCACAGCGCAUCCCAGUCACUCCUCCUUCUCGCUCUCUGUUACUCAAACCAGGAUGGAUCUACCCUCCUAGCAGAGAAGAAAUCUACUUCAGCAGUUGGCAAGUUGGGUUCUCAUUUAGGAGUGAAACAGGAGCUUAAACAAACAUUCUCCCCCAGACAAGAUUUCCUUCAUCUCCGCGCAUCAACUUGGCUUUCGGAAACCUACAUGAUGACAGCAACCGGGCUACAAUCGCGCUUUAUUCUCCUGCUCUGCCUUAUCUCCAUCGCAGCGUGCAAUAUGUUUGCAUUCACCGAGGAGCCCUCUGAGAGAGCCGGGAAGGGAGACGGGUAUUGUAGUCGGAUAUUACGGGCUCAGAGCAAUCGGAAGGAGGGCAACAGCGAGUUUCGCCUCCGCGUUGAGGGAGACCCGGAGAGCUAUCAGCCAGGGAGCACAUACAGAGUGACUCUGAUUACAUCCAGCCCCUCCUACUUCAGAGGGUUCACCCUUAUUGCCCUGAAGGAGGGUGCAGAAGGAGACAGAGAGGAGGACUACAUUGGAAAUUUCCAGAUAAUUGAUGAGGAGGAAACACAGUUCAUGACCAACUGCCCCCCUGCAGUGACAGAGAGCACUCCUCGCAGACGAACCAGCAUCCAGGUGUUUUGGACUGCGCCUCCCAGUGGCUCUGGUUGUGUCUCUAUUAAGGCCAGUAUUGUGCAGAAGAGGAUAAUUAAUUUCCAGGAUGAAGGCUUACUCACCAAGCGAAUGUGUGAGAAAGAAUCCCUGUAUGGAGACACUACAGAUAAACCUCUGCUCAGCUGUUGUGCCUGUGGAACAGCAAAGUACAGAGUCACCUUCUAUGGGAACUGGUCAGAGAAGUCUCAUCCCAAAGACUAUCCACGUCGUGCCAAUCACUGGUCAGCCAUCAUUGGUGCCUCCCACUCUGAGAAAUAUGUGCUUUGGGAAUAUGGUGGCUUUGCUAGUGAUGGAAUUAAACAGAUAGCUGAGCUGGGUUCCCCUGUCAAAAUGGAGGAGGAGAUCAGACAGAAGGGUGAUGACGUCCUGACAGUCAUCAAAAUGAAAGCACAGUGGCCAGCCUGGCAACCACUUAAUGUGCGGGCCCCCCCCUCAGCCGAAUUCUCAGUGGACCAGAGCCGUCACCUUAUGUCCUUCCUGACCAUGCUGGGGCCCAGUCCAGACUGGAAUGUGGGUUUGUCUGCUGAGGACUUGUGUACCAAGGAGUGUGGUUGGGUCCAGAGGGUGGUCCAGGACCUGAUCCCCUGGGAUGCAGGAACUGACAGCGGGGUGACAUAUGAGUCUCCCAACAAGCCCAUUGUGACCCAGGACAAGAUCCGUCCCCUGACCAGUCUGGAUCAUCCACAGAGCCCUUUCUAUGACCCUGAAGGGGGCGCCAUCACUCCAGUGGCUAGGGUCAUUGUGGAACGCAUCGCCAGAAAGGGCGAACAGUGCAACAUUGUGCCGGACAAUGUGGAUGACAUUGUAGCAGAUAUUGCCCAGGAGGAGAAAGAGGAAGAUGAUACCCCUGAGACGUGUAUCUACUCCAACUGGUCUCCAUGGUCCGCCUGCAGCUCGGCCACUUGUGAAAAGGGCAAGCGUAUGAGGCAGAGGAUGUUAAAGGCCCAGUUGGACCUUAGUGUGCCCUGCCCACACACCCAGGACUUUGAGCCUUGCAUGGGGCCUGGAUGUAGUGAUGAGGAUGCUUCCACCUGUAUGUUGUCAGAGUGGAUCUCCUGGUCUCCCUGUAGUUUGACCUGCGGGAUGGGCACACGUUCCCGGGAGCGUUAUGUGAAGCAGUUCCCUGAUGAUGGCUCAGUCUGCACCCAGCCCACAGAGGACACUGAAAACUGUGUGGUCAAUGAGGAAUGCUCACCCAGCAGUUGUCUGGUUACAGAGUGGGGUGAAUGGGAUGUCUGCAGCGCCACUUGUGGUCUUGGCAUGAAGAGGAGAGAGCGCAUGGUGAAGAUGCCUCCUGCAGAUGGCUCCAUUUGCGGGGCAGAGGUGCUAGAAGUGGAGAAGUGCAUGAUGCCAGAAUGUCACACAAUCCCCUGCAUGCUGACUCCAUGGUCUGACUGGAGUGACUGCAGUGUGACUUGCGGGAAGGGUUCGAGGACUCGACAGCGCAUGCUCAAGUCCUCCGUGGAGCUGGGCGAGUGUACAGAAGACUUAGAACAGGUGGAGAAGUGCAUGCUACCAGAGUGUCCCAUAGACUGUGUCAUGUCAGAUUGGACUGAGUGGUCGGAGUGCAAUAGGUCCUGUGGGAAGGGUCAUACUAUCCGGACACGCAUGGUGAGGCUGGAGCCUCAGUUUGGAGGAGACCCGUGUGCUGAAACCAUCCAGAGGAAGAAGUGUAAGAUCAGGAAGUGCAACCGAGGACAAGCCAACAGUGAUGAGAAGAAACGACGCAAGGAACAGCGUGAAAAGAGGAGGAGCAAACAGGGCCGAGCUGAGGUCACCUCCGAGCAUCCAGGGUGUAAAAUGAGGCCAUGGUCGAGUUGGACAGAAUGUACCAAGCUGUGUGGUGGAGGUAUUCAAGAACGGCUCAUGACGGUGAAGCAGAGGUUUAAGACCGCCCAGCUGUCCAGCUGCAAGGACAGGAAGGAGAUCAGGGCUUGUAAUGUGCACCCCUGCUAGGAAGUAGUAGGGGAAACGGGGGUGGUGUUGAAGGGAGGAAGGGAUGACAGUGGGGCUGGGAACAGCACAGGGCAUGGCACGCUGUCACACAAUGAUCCAAUGCACUCUGUUUAGGGCUGAAAUGGCACAUGCUUGAAUCUGUCUUGGUUAAAUCCAGAGCUCAGGUCAGUUGUCAUCAAGAGAAUUUGAACUCAAAGAUCUCACUGGAAAACUCUGGAUUUAAACUAGGCUGAUUCUUCUGGUUUCAAACUAGCUCUUAUACACAUAAGACUCUUUUGCAAGAUUACUGUAAACUUGUUGUGGUAUAAUAUAUCUUGAAAAAUAUAAUUAUGAAAUAUAAAUUGAUUUAAUAAAAAGAUAAAGAACUGUUAUAUAUUGUGGUAUCCUUAAGUAGUACAGUAUAUUCCAGACUUUAAAGCACAGGUGCCCAGCCAUUCCAGUGUUUUAUACGCCUUCAAUUGUUCAGUUGUUUCUAGGACACAAAAUGCCCAGUUGGCUUUUUACCCAGCUAUAUUGUUGUACAUGUAGAUGCACCACGAUUGAGAUCUAUAUUAUUUUGAGCAUUGUUAGAACAUUUUGUUAUUUUUUUCCUGUGAAAUGUUUUGAUAAGAAUGUGUCCCAAGAUUCUUACCAAAGUCUUGUGUAGAUGUUUUCUAGAUGUCUCCUCCUCCUUUUCUUCUCUGUUCCUCUAACAUAUUAAUAUUUUGGAAUAAUAUCACCUUUACAAUAAAAGUAAACGUGACAACUGGA